GUGUAGAUUUGUUGAUUAUUAUAAAAUCCAUUUACCGUGUCUAAGUUGAGUUCUCUAGUAAAACCGUUUUAAACCAUACAGCCACGGAUUUGGCAUUACUCCUGUGUAGCUAUGGUUACAGGCUCUCAACACUAUACAGUAGUGAUCUUGCCAGGAAAAGUCCCUCAAAAAAAGCAUCAGCCACCACAACACAUUUUCUCGUACAGCGUUCGGUUUCCUGAAGAACCUGAGGGUUGAAUCCUCCUUUAGGGGAAAAACUUCUUCACAUCUUCCUGGGGCAGGACGUGGCAUUGAGGGACACGUGGAGGAGUCUCCAGCCCGUCCCCAGGCUGUCUUCUUAAGACCUUACAAAUCUUCAAUGUCUCCAUUAUGUGUUCGAGGUUGUUACAGGGGCUUAAAUGUAUCAGUGAUCGGAUUAAAAAUGUUGCUUUUGGAAGGAGUAUAAGCACAGCUCUCCCAUCUGUUACUGCUGCACUUCACCACAAUUGUUUGUUUUUACAGUUGAAUUGGACUUUUUAUAAACUCUGUUGCAGUGUGAGGAAGUGAUGAUGUGUGUCGUUAACAUGUCCCUUAAUUACUUUUACUGUCAGGGUGGAGGUUUUUUUGCUUGUUUUAAUCAGAAAAAAACUCGUUUUGUUAGAGGUACAGAGUAUAUCAUUGCUUUCUGUUUUUAUGAACACACAUGCUAAAGUUAUCUUUUAAACUGUAUAUUUGUAUGGUGUAAAGAUCACUGGAUAUGGGGCAGUGACAAUCAUGUAGCAUUUUGCAGUUUUACAAAACUAGCUUUACAAAACUUUACAAACGGUGCUUUACAGCUAAUUCUCAACAUACCCUUUUAAGGCAUUACUUGUAUCCAUGUAUUUGUAUCAUAGUUGUUCAUCCUUGUGUGUGUGUGUGUGUGUGUUGUACAAUAGCAAUUAUUAUUCAUGAAUAGUCCCAAAUAUAAACUUACACUUUUAUUUUUGUUUUGCAUGUGAAAACAUAUUCAAUAAACUGACACAGAUCUUAGUAUUAAACUUAAAUCCCUGUUUUUACAGUGUUGGCAUAUGCAAAACAUUUCAACUGUAAUUAACAUGUUAUAACCCAGUGCUGGGCUUGACAGACCCUUACACCGCUCUUCUUCUGUCUGGGCUUCUGUCUCGCGCUCAGCAGGAGGAGAACAUCACUUCAGGGUUUAGUUUGGUCUCUCACCCAGGAGGAGAACGUCAUUUCAGGGUUUGGUUUGGUCUCUGCUUUAGCAGCAGUGUGCUCCUGCCCAGCCGGCCUGAAUCAUGCCAAAGUCCUUAGGGGUCAUAAGCCCCGCCCCCUUUCUCACACCUCCAUGCUCUCACUCAGUCUCUCUCUCACCCUCUCUCUCUGCUCUUUCUGCCAUUUCUUUACUAUCCCUCCAUCUUUCCACUCUUCUUUUGUCUUACUCUUUAUACUGCACUAAUGUGUGAGACAGUGUCCAGAUCAAAACACCAGUCAGUCUUCACUUUUCGUUUUAAGCGCGUCCUCCAUCUGCCUCCUAUUUAACUAUUACGCUUAUAUCUGCACGUUUCGGGCUAAUAAUAAUAAUAAUAAUAAUAAUAAUAGUUAAUCGAAUUUAAAAUAUAAGUAAAAACGUAAAUAUUAAUUGUAAAAACUGAAUGUAAAAGGCCCUGUAAAAGCCAGUAUUCUAAUGGGCUGGAGAAGCGCUCGCCCUCUGCGUCUCAUCCGUGGAUAAUGCGCGUGAUAUCGUAGGUGAAAGCGGCCCCGUGAGCGCGAGCUCCCGAGCGCGCGGAGGUGAAGCGCGUUUACGACGAAGACUCGCAAACCCAGAUCAUAAGCGCGCGCAAUGGUGGCGCCGUCUCAUUCCAGCCCAACGCUUCAAUUUACGUCGCAUGCGCAGUGCCUAGUGCAGGCUAGGUUUCAAAGUCGUGAAUAUUAACACGCGCAUCAGUUAUGUCUUUAUUUGUGUGGGUUUUUUAGGGAAUCGAGUUUUAGUUAGAGACAUCUGAGAUUGCUGAGUCAGCAAACGGAGAUACAGUAAACCCUUGCUGUAUUGUGUUCCGAGGCCGCGGAUCCUCGUAAGGGAGCAGUUUUAAAAUCGAGGUCAAAUCCGCAGCAUCAGGCGUGAGCCACAUCACGGCGCGAGUGUCGGCUGCAGCCUCUUUCUCCCGUCUUCCCCUCUCGGUCAGCGUCUCGAGCCGCCUGGUGCGUGCACCGCCCGGAUCGGUUCUGUGGAAGCACCCCAGAGAAGUAGAGACGGGGGGGGGGGGGAUCUCGUGAAGGGGCGGUACUGAUGCAGUCUGCACAGGGUGUCAUCAUCACCCAUCCAUCCGCGGAAGGUCUGGAGUCCGCCGCGAGGCUAGUAACUAGGCUCUCUCGUGCUCAGGCUUCGCUUGGCACGCGUAUCAUCGUCCGAGGCUGUCGUUCCCGGAAUCACUGCGUAAAAAAGCGUCGCGUGUGACGGGACUCGCGCGUCUCGCGUGAUAUUCGCGUCGGCAGGACCAGGCGCGAGCGCGGAGGAGGAUUUGUACGCCGGAGCGGAGAGAAUGUGGAAGCGCCGUGUAGCUUAUUAAAAAGCGGACAUCCGAAGAGGCGUCCAUUUUGUCACUGGGGGACACGAGGAAUGGAAGUCUGUGAUUAAAGUCGUCCUGCGACCUCGAGCUCCGCGAGAAUACACGGACAUGCACACGAAUGCGACCUACAUCGUGCGGAUCAUCACGUGAAGAUGGGCUCGUUUCGCCUGGACGGCAUGGAAUUUCACUGAGUACAUGUCUGGAAAUGGAAAUGUGUAGCGCGCGGCCCAGCACCCCUGCACGGGCUGCGCGAUUGUGCUCCGUGCGGUCUGCGCGUUAUUAGAGACGUCUCCCCGCGCUGGCCGGAACAAUGGCCCGUUUCUUCUGUGCUUUUCACUCUGGCUGUUGCAGCCUGCCGUUCGCUUUGCAUCGCCGCGAUUCCAGCAGCUUUUUUUUAAUCACCGGACUGUGAAACAUCAGUUUGACAUUUUUUAAAUUGGCUUUGAAUCACCGGGAUCGCGUGAUCGGCUCUCUGUCACCGGCGGGCAGGCCUCAUCGGCGCGUCGUCCCGACGUCCUGCAGCGCGUCCCGUGUCGCACCUGAAGCAAAGCAGCGAACAGCUCGUGAGGCGGGAUAGUGUUCCGCGCGCGGUGGUGGUGGCACGGGAGGGGUCUCGUGCUGUAGGCUGCGGAGGUGCACUGUUUAAAGGGAAAGGACGUGCAGCUGGAGCUAAACGCACACGCGCACGUCUUUCCUCUGCCGCGUUGUGUUGCCCCCGCUUCGCCAGUCACGCUCACACCGCGGUGGUCACGCUCUGAACUUUUUUUUGUCCGUUUAGCUGUUGAAAAGUUCGGAUCAUCGCGGCAAGUCGAGAGUUAAAUAGAACAAACGACGCGCUGGUGGAAUUGCAAACGUUUGUGCGCUUUUCGCGGCGAGCGGCUCUCUUCAUCUACUGCGCGUCGGGGUUUAAAACUCCACCGUGUUCUCCGCUCCUGCACGUGUGCAGGCAGAGGCGCCACGGUUAACGGGGCCCACACGUCUCCGGUUCGCCGUAUGUGGAGCCCACAAGGCUGUAGGAGGGGGGUUAGGGAAAGCCCACCAGAAGCCGAGACGUGACCGGAACAGCGAGCCCGGGGCGAUGUCUCCUCGCUGAUUAACGAUGAUGCUGGAUACGCAGAAUGCAGCUCAGGAGAUAGGUGAGGAGAUGGAGGAUGGGGUGGUGUUCACCAUAACUCUGCGGAAGGUGCAGAUGCACCAGUCGGCCAGUAAGGGGCAGCGUUGGCUGGGCGUGGAGUCUGACUCAGCCCUCAGCCUGUACGAGACGUGCAAGGUCCGCACCAUCAAAGCGGGGACGCUGGAGCGCCUGGUGGAGUACAUGGUGUCCGCCUUCAGGGGCAACGACUCCACCUACGUCACCAUCUUCCUCUGCACGUAUCGCUCCUUCACCACUACCAAACAAGUGCUGGAUCUCCUGCUCAACAGGUAUGCUAAGCUCCAUCACCUGCCUGGGUCCGAAGGCCAGCGGCUGAGCCUUGAUGACCGCACCGAGCUCAGAAAUACUAUCUCCUCCAUCCUGGGCACAUGGUUGGAUCAGUACUCCGAGGACUUCUGGACUCCUCCGGACUAUAGCUGCCUCAAACGCCUGAUUUCCUACCUGCACGGGAACUUCCCGGGAUCAGACCUGGAACGUCGUGCCUGCAACCUGCUUGGACACUUCCACCGCCGGCAGCAGGAGGAGCCCGAACACGAGGUUCUGGACCAUGAGUCCUGCACCUUUGCCCACCUGGAGGAGAACGGCUACGAAGAUGACCGCCUAGACUUCCUAACCUUUGACCCCACAGUGGUGGCGGAGCAGUUCACCCUGAUGGAUGCAGAGUUGUUUAAGAAGGUGGUGCCUUAUCACUGCCUGGGCAGCAUCUGGUCACAGAGGGAUAAGAAAGGAAAGGAGCACCUGGCGCCCACCAUCCGUGCCACUGUGACGCAGUUCAACUGUGUGACUAACUGUGUGAUCGCCACCUGCCUCAGUGACAGGGCCCUCAAACCCACACACAGAGCCAAAGUCCUGGAGCGCUGGAUCGAGGUUGCCAGGGAAUGCCGGAUCCUGAAGAAUUUCUCGUCUCUCCGGGCCAUCCUCUCAGCCCUGCAGUGCAACCCUGUUCACCGUCUGCGGAGGACGUGGGACGAGGUGUCUCGUGAGAGCGUCCGGGUCUUCCAGGAGCUCUCGGAGAUCUUCUCUGAUGAAAACAACCACUCACUGAGCAGAGAGCUGCUCAUUAAGGAGGGAACAUCUAAGUUUGCCACUCUGGAAAUCAACCCCAAACGUGCCCAGAAGAGGCAGCAGCAGCAGCCCAGAGACCUGAGUGUGAUGCAGGGGACGAUACCGUAUCUGGGAACAUUCCUCACUGACCUUGUAAUGAUGGACACUGCCAUGAGGGACUACCUAGAUGGUGGCCUGAUCAACUUUGAGAAGAGAAGGAAGGAGUUUGAGGUGAUAGCCCAGAUUAAGUUGCUCCAGCUUGCCUGUAACAACUACAACUUCAUCCUCCACCCACGCUUCAGAGAUUGGUUCUCCACUGUAGACAAACUCACAGAGGCAGAGAGUUACAGCUUGUCCUGUGAGAUUGAGCCAUUGUCAGAGUCAGUCUCCAACACCCUGAAGGCCAAGAAGAACACGGGAAUCAUCAAACGCUGGAGCGAUCGUCAGCCCGUGUGUUCUGAUGCCGGUAGCAGCAGUGCCGGUAGCUCUCACUCCAAGUCCUUCGACCAGCUGCGCUACCCGUCCUGUCUGGGUGGCUCGGUGGGUAGCGGUGCCGGGGGGCCCGGGGGGGCUGGCGUUGUCAGUGGCGACGGAGCUGACUCCCUCAGCGUCACCUCUGCAGGCUCUAGCAGCUCUGACGUGGAGGAGAUCAACAUCAGUUUCAUCUCCGACUCACCUGAUGCACACGAGAAAAAGACGUCCACGCCCUGCGUAAAACAAUCCAAUUCUACCUUAGGGAGGUGCGGCCCCGUGGCAGACCUGACACCCACGUUCUGGGAGUCCACCUCUCUGUCGUCUUUAGACGCGUCGGGGCUUGGCUCCGGAUCAGGCUCCAGCAGUGCAUCCUCAUCCUCGGUGUCGUCCACGCCGGUCACGGCGUCCCGCUCCCACAAGCGCUCCGUCUCCGGCGUGUCCAGUUACUCCUCACUGUCUCUUCCCCUCUACAACCAGCAGGUGGACGACUGCUGCAUCAUCAGAGUCAGUCUGGACGUGGAGAACGGAAACAUGUACAAGAGCAUCCUGGUAACAAGUCAGGACAAAACCCCCGCAGUAAUUAGGAAGGCCAUGGUAAAACACAACCUGGACCGAGAGAGGCCUGAAGAUUAUGAACUGGUGCAGAAAAUCAGUGAGGAGAAAGAGCUGAAGAUACCAGACAACGCAAACGUCUUCUACGCCAUGAACUCUACCGCAAACUACGACUUUGUCCUGAAGAAGCGCGGUUUCCCCCGGACGGGCCGCACCAAGCACGUGGCCAGCUCCACCCUGCCGCGUAUGAAACAGAAGGGUCUGAAAAUCGCCAAGGGCAUCUUCUGAACCCACGCCCCUACCGCGUCCCACCCCGCCCCUAUAGUCUCUCGCCCUGCCCCUGCAGGCUAGGUUCAAAGGUCAUGCCUUAACAGAAGCCGCCACUGCCAAGCUGUGUGUGCUGAGAAUUCGGCGCAGAAGUGUGUGUGGAUGUGGACGGUUGUCACGUCAGACGCUCCCCAAACUCCAGUAGCUUCAUCUCCUUCCUGAGGUCGCCUCCUCUGUUGCCUAAGGGAAUCACUUCCUGUGCCGUGCCCGAGGUCACUUCCUUGUGCUGCGGCAUCCUCACUGCUAGUUGAUGUCCGGCACGGGGCGCGAGGAAGGGUGGGGUAUCUUCCUCUCCCCUCCCUGAACUAUGGCUCCUGCUGAACUAGCAAACUCAGGCUUAGUGGACUGCAGCCUGGAGACACCUGCAUGCUUGAGUUUGUCUCUUCUGUUUUCUAACACCUGUGUGUGAAGGUUCUGGCGACCCUGGAGAGGUUUGCUGACGCAAACACUCGAACAGAUCUGCUGACUGGCCUUUUAAAAUGUGGAGCUCUUACUGAUUGUAUCAAAAUGCCUCCAAAUGACUCAUCAAUGACUUUGAGAUUCUGUUCCCAUUUCCAUGUCUUCUGGAUCAAUGGGAGCAUGUCCAGGGCAUUACGACCACCAACCCCCCAUUGCCUGUGAUGUUCCAGAGCCUUUUCGAGUUGUGCUUAUCUGUGUCUUUCCUCUAAGUGGUGCUAACUAACCAUGCCAGUUGCAAGCCAGCCUUCCCAUGUCAAAGUAGUCGCAAAGCUGGACGGAUGAGGUUAGCCAUGAUGCUAACACGGCCCAUUGAGCAGGUUACCGUAGCUGCCUCUAAAACUUGGUGACGGGUUUUGUGGUCAUGUGAAUGUCGUAGGGGAAUUGAGUCUGCCAGUGGAUCAAGUGUCACACGUCAGGGGUUGGACUGGUCUUACCCCAAAGCACAGGCCUCGCCGAAGAAGACAGAGCUCUGUGAAACCCGGGGGACGGGGCCACUAUUGUGACGUCAUCACAUACCCAUCACAGAAGGUUGUGGACCGCUUGUUUGGUUCGCAAGAAAAAUUGUAAGGUCAGUCUAAUUAGCUGAAGGUGAAUCGCGAAACCCAUUGUAGAGCUGAAGAGAGGAUCAGACAAAAAGUAAAGAUGGAGAGAGAGAGAAGGAAAGAAGCAUGGAUAACAACAGAGAAGAGAGAGAGAAGGCAGACAAACAUAAAUGUAUUGUGAACUGUGACAUUUUUGAUGUUGCGUCUAGUCCGUGAGGGAGUGAUGAAUACAAAAUCCUCUGUCAUUAACGUCACCCUCUCUCUUCCUGAGACAUUGUAAACACUCGCAAACACAGAAUAAAGGAGCGAGAGGUGGAAACUGGAGAGAGAGAGAGAGAGAGAGAGAGAAAGAGCCUCCCUGUUCUUAUUCCUGUUGUAAAGUGCAAUAGAUUGAAGUCCAGGGCAUGAUUUAGGCUGUGGGUAGGAUUUGUGACCUAGUGGAUCACUUGUGAUGCAUUACACGUCCUGUGUUGGACAUCAUGGACGUCAUGUGUUUGUGCUCAUUUAAGUGAUGCUUGCAGCAGAACUCUGUACUCUCGCCAGGGGUGUGUUUAGCAAGCAAACUCCUCUAUCUGUCCCUUAAAUAUGUAGAGUUUACAAAGCACUAGCAUACUGCAAACGAGACGAGAAGGGAGGGAGGGAGAGAGAGAGGAGGACACAUAAGGGUUUGUCAUACCAAAGCAAUUUCAGAAGCAACAUACAUUUGGAAUCAUAUAUUUCACUGACCAUUCUGGAUUGAAACAUGUCAGUGUGCUUUGGAAAGCUCCGCUCUGGACCCAGUGCCUACUGAAGACGUUAUAGCAGUGUUUGGGAGCAGGGCACGGCGGGUGUGUGUGGCAUGGGGAGAUCUGAACUCAGACUGGCUCUCGGCCCUCGUCUGUCUGUUGGGCUCAUUUCCUGAUAAUAGUCACAUGGGGAAUUGGGAUAACAUGCAGGCCCUUGUACAUAUGACUGUGUGUGUUUGUGUGCAUGUGUUCUUUGGGUGACGUUUGUGUUUGUGUGUGUAGGAGAGAAUGUGGACUGGGUUGUGGUAUGUUGGGGUUUUUACCUCUCCUGGGAAUAUAAAAUAGAAAAGGGCCAAAGAACAUUUUACAAGCAUUUCACACUCAUAAACACUGCCUGUUUAGAUCCUGGACACUUUCACUCUUAUGGAUAUCACUCAGCUUGUGACAUUACUCCUUACUCAAAGAAAAAAGUACUUUCUAACAAUUAACACACAUUUUUUCUAGGUUCUUUUUAAAAGUUUUGUAUGAUAAGAAAUGUCCAUUGUACCUUUGGUUUUACAGUGAGUGUGAGUGAAUACACUUACACACACACGUGUGUGUGUGUGUGUGUCUGUGUGUGUGUGUGUGCGUGUGUAUG